AUGGCGGUUGCUGCCUUGGACCAGCUGCGGUCUCUCUUUUCUGGUACCACUGGCAGUAUAGUAACACCCAUCAACAAGAACAACAACAACAACAACAAGAAUGAAUUUGCCGACAGGUACCAAGCUGCCGUUACCCCCCCUGGUCGCACACUUGCUGGACCCCUGCAGCUGGAACAGGCACUAAGUUCGCCGUCCGCACCACCGGCUACAAUUCAAACAUACGGUUCAGUACUCAAGUCCAAGGAACUAUUGGCCGAUCAGAACAUAGCACAACCUAUGUCAGGAAAUACCCGAAACAAAAUAUAUACCUGGCUAGAGGAGCAGGGGUUGUCGGCUACUGGGAGUAGAGAGCCUCAGGUGGAGACUAGGUGGAUUUCUUUCGGAGACGAUGGCAGCCUCAUCAACGCCAACUCGAAGGGGAGUUCCGACCUUCAUUGCGCCCUUGAGAGCUCCGGCUCCGACUUCGACCACUGCGGCAGUUCACCAGGCCAUGGAAGAGGAUCCCAAGAUUGCGCUGUUUGCCAACUUCAACAACGGAUUUGUCGCGGUGGUCAUGUUCUACGGGACCACCCAGCCGAGCCACCGAAGGCCUUUGAGCCGUUUCACAACCUCAGAAGCCUGGUGACUACGGUGCUGCCAUCCACUAACGGCACGCUGCUGUCAUUUGCCCAAGCGUCCCAGAAGAGGGAGCUUUAUGAGCAAGUGUAUAAGACGUGGCUCGAAGUCUGCAAGACCCUCCCGACUGGUGCUGCCCUGCAUUACACUAUUCAUCCAAUUGGUACGGCUGAUAUUCAGGCUGUGUCCCAGAGUGCUGCAAGCUUUCUUCAAUUCCCCAUUGUUCCUAAGAUCAGGCACAGGACUAACGGAUAUCCCGCAAUCAAUAGGGUAGGUUUCGCCUAUGAGUGGCCCAAAGACGGUAGUGACGAUGCCGCGGCGCAAAAGGCCGUAGAUACCAUAUCCAAAACAGUGCAGUCUCUAGCUAAGACUAAAGGUACCCUCUUGGACUUCAAGUACAUGACCUUUGACACUUGCUCUCAGAAGGUCCUUGGCAGCUAUGGAGCCGAGAAUAUCAAGCUGAUGCAGGAGGUGGCGGCCAAGUACGACCCGGAGGGCGUCUUUCAGAAGCUGCAGAAUGGCGGGUUCCUUUUACGCGACAAUAUCUAA